UUCCGUAGUUAGCCCAUCUUCGAAACGGAAAUGCCCAAAUCCUAGGAAAAUAACAACAUUCUCCGUUUCAGUUGGCCAAAAGCCGCCAUUUCAAAAGCUCCCCUACUCUGUCUCAGCUCAGCUACCUUUAUGUUAGAGGCAGUAAGCUUGUAGAUGAGAGGGUGAGAUUUUAGAGAGGAGAGGAUAAAAAAUGAUCGGUACAUGGUAAAGGAGAACGAAAACGGUGGUUUGUGCUGAGUUUUCGAUAGAGAGAGAUAAUCUAAACCCUAAUUGUUGAAUGAGGUCAUAUGUGGAUGAUUCAGCAAGUUCCACACCAGCGGAUGAUUCAGCAAGUUCCACACCAGCGGAUGAUUCAGCAAGUUCCACACCAGCUCUGCCGUUGCUACUAAAAUGAAAUCAAGAACUAAUGGGGUCCCUAGAGGUCAGAAGGCAAAAGAUUUUCAGGUUGAGGGACCAAAUUGGAUUCUGAUUGCAGGUGGUGCCUUGUUAAGUACUUUAUCAAUUCGCCUUGGUUACAAGCUGAAGCAGACACUGGAUUCAAAGCAACAGACAAAUGCUAGUAAUAGUCUGAAAGGGAAUGGGAAAUCAUCUGAUAGAAGGAGGGUAGGAGGCUGCCAUAUGCGUUCAAACGUGUAUUCCUUUGCACAAGAUGAUGAUGGUUGCUUCCACUGCAUGUCAGGGAAUGAAGGCAUGGCAGAUUUUAAGCACCGGCCCAGUCAUCAGACGCUGUCUGAAUCUGAUGUUGCUCUUCCUUUGGUGACUGUUCCUGGCCCAGAAUUUACCAAGGAGAAUGGUGUUAUGUGGGUAUCCUCUCCUGAUCGUCUUGAGUUGCCUCCAAAGCCGUUUUACCAUUCAAAUUGCUCUGACUCACCAUGUGUCUCAGAAUCUGGUUCUGACAUCUACAACAAGCGAGAAGUAAUACAGAAGUUAAGGCAGCAGUUGAAGAGAAGGGAUGACAUGAUAAUGGAGAUGCAGGAUCAGAUUGUAGAGUUGCAGAGUUCGAUCAAUGCUCAGCUGGCACAUUCUACAAAUUUGCAGUCACAGCUUGAUGCAGCAAACAGAGAUUUGUUUGAGUCGGAGAGGGAAAUUCAGAGGCUGAGGAAGGCAAUUGCUGAUCACUGUGUGAAACAUGCAGUUACCAAUGAGAAACUGUCGACAGCCACUAUAAGGCCAUCUGAGGUGAGAAAUGGGCAUGCAAAUGGAUAUCUGGAUGGAGACAGCAGUUUGGAGUUGUCAAAAAAGGGAAGGGGAGAUGGGGACAAGAUUGAUAUGCUGAAGAGGGAAGUAGGAGACUUGAAGGAGGUAAUAGAAGGGAAAGAGUACUUGUUGCAGAGCUACAAGGAGCAGAAGGCAGAGCUCUCCAUCAAGAUUAAAGAGUUGCAACAGAGAUUGGAUUCUCAUCUCCCUAAUAUUUUGUAGGCAUUGUUAGGUUCUGUGCAUUCUUGCCUAUUUUUUUCUUGUUCCUUUCCUUUGAUUUCGGGCUUUCCUUAUAUCUAUGGUUUAGUUUGGAAGGUUUGACGUUUUCUAUGCCUGCUCAAAGUGUUUAUGUUGUGGAUGAGAGAGAGAGAGAGAGAGAGAGAGAGAGAGGCAAGCAAAAGCAAAGCUGUAUAAGUUAUUAUUAUCUGGCUUGGUAAGUAUUUGCUCCCUUACAGAAAUCUGAAGAAGUUGUCACUAAA